AUGUUUUACGAUAUCCGGUUCAUCUUUAUCCACGCGCAAAAUUUGAUUUUAUUGUUUCCAAUUUCCCUUUGCACGUGGAAACAGAAAGGAGUCGGAGACGGCAGUCGGCGUAAAUAUUGCUCGACUGUAAACCGCUCUAUUGAAAUACCUUUUUCUUUCUUUCUUUCUUUCUUUCUUUCUUUCUUUCUUUCUUUCUUUCUUUCUUUUUUAGACGAUAAAAUAAAGAUAUACAUGCAUGCGAGCAACAGACCAAAACAAAAUGGAAACACAAUUCAAAGCUGCAGGAAAGAACUUCAUUGUCCAUUUUUUUUUCUUUCUUUCUUUCUGCUUCCCCUUCUCCCCGUGUCUUAUUCUGUCACUCCCUUCCCAUAUCUCUUUCUCUUCCACUCUUCUCUCUCUCUCUCUCUCUCUCUCUCUCUCUCUCUCUCUCUCUCCCCUUUCUUUGUGAAGUGCUCCAUACUCUCUCUCUCUCUCUCUCUCUCUCUCUCUCUCUCUCUCUCUCUCUCUAUCUAUCUAUCUAUCUAUCUAUCUAUCUAUCCAAAAACUAGAAGGAAUGUUUCUUUUUCAAAUAUAUUAAAAUUUGGCAUUUGUCUGUCUAUCUAUCUAUCUAUCUAUCUAUCUAUCUAUCUUGGUAUAUUCAUUAUCUAUCUAUCUAUCUAUCUAUCUAUCUAUCUAUCUAUCUAUCUAUCUAUCUAUCUAUCUAUCUAUCCAUUUAUUAAAGAGAUUCCAUCUUUUUGCUAUUCUUUCUUUCUUUCUUUCUUUCUUUCUUUCUUUCUUUCUUUCUUUCUUUCUUUCUUUGUUGCUUUCUUUCUUUCUUUCUUUCUUUCUUUCUUUCUUUCUUUCUUUCUUUGUUGCUUGCUUUCUUUCUUUGCUUUCUUGGUCUUUCUUGCUGUCUUUUUUCUUUUAAUUUCUUUCUUUCUUUCUUUCUUUCUUUCUUUCUUCUUUCUUUCUUGCUUUUUUUUUAUUUAUUUAUUUAUUGGUCUUUCUUUCUUCAUUACAUUCUUUUUUGCUUUCUUUCGUUCUUUCUUUCGUUCUUUUCCCUCUUUCGUUCUUUCUUUCUUUCUUUUUCUUUCUUUCUUUCUUUCUUUCUUUCUUUCUUUCUUAAUUGCUGAACUCAUUCCUUUAUAUUAUCCUUCAAAUUUUUUCAUCAUUACUUCUGACUUCUGUUCAUAUCUCUCUCUCUCUCUCUCUCUCUCUCUCUCUCUCUCUCUAUCUAUCUAUCUAUCUAUCUGUCUCAUUCUUCUGUUCAUAUCUAUCUAUCUAUCUAUCUAUCUAUCUAUCUAUCUAUCUAUGUGUCUAUCUGAUCCAGUAGAAGAUCCAUCUUACACUCUUUAUGUCAUUUUUUUUCUUCCUUUCUUGUUCUUUUUCUAUUCUUUUUCAUAA